UACUAAUACAAAGAUCAGUAGGGUUCAAGCCGCAGUGGGAAGUGGACGUGCGCGUCACUUAGUUUAUUUAUUGUGUUGUGAAUAUUUUUUAGGAUUUUUGUGAAAUGAAGUGGGUUGUGUUGGGGAGCUUUGUCGUGUGCCUGGCGACUUUAAGUAGAGGAAGUGCACUCAGUUGCCAACCCGGAUCAAAAGAUGCACAGUGCAUAUCAGAAAAUACGGAAAAAGAAUCGACACAACCUUCCAGUAAUGUAAGAGAGAGAAAAAAGAGCCGAUGGGCGGAAUGCCUGGCCGGGAGCGAAUGGGAGAGCAAAUGCCACAGAUGUCGGUGUUCUGAGGAAGGGCAUGCAGAAUGCACGAGGAUGGACACUUGCGAGAAAGGCGACGAUGGAGAUCCAAUCAGAUGUAAACCAAGGACAUCUUUCAAAAACGAAUGCAACACCUGCUCUUGCCUUGAAAACGGUGUCAGCAUCUGCACUUUGAUUGGAUGUUUGUCAUCAUUACCCCCGCUACAAGUUCUACCCGAAGCAAGUACUACAAUUUCACCAUCAAUGCGUCAGGGGAAAGAGUGUUUGCCGGGCUCGAAGUGGAAUUCCCACUGCAAUUCAUGCUUCUGCUCUGAAGACGGACUUCCGGCGUGCACGAUAAUGGCAUGUAAAGGACAGGGCGAUGAGCCCGACUCGACUUGCGCCCCAGAAACGUCUUGGAAGAACAAUUGCAACCGUUGCUGGUGUGACAACGGCCGAGCCGCCUGCACUAGGAUGGGAUGUGAUGGACCUAUCGUAACCGAUUUUAAACCCAGCCGCACCAAACGCUCAGAGGGCGCUGAACCCGAAAUUGUCACCAGUUUAAGGAUACAUGGGAAUGGCUUUUCCAAAAGAUCCGCACCCAUUUGCAAACCGAAUGCGUCGUUCAAAGUGUACUGCAAUUAUUGUGAGUGCGCGUCCGAUGGACUCAGCUAUACGUGCACAAACCAGGAGUGCAUGGAAAGGGACGUCAAAGAUGAGGUCGAAGUUUUUAUGGAAAGUGAGGGCGCAGAUCAUAUUGAACGCCAUUCGGUAUGUAAACCUCGCGGCAUCUUCCACAUCGGCUGUAACACAUGUCACUGUAGUGCAGAUGGAUUGGACUUUAGUUGCACCAAUAAGCCGUGCCCGUUGCCUGAUGACGUGGAAAUUUUCCGUGAAUUGAGAGCGUCAAGGACAGCAAUAAACGAAAAAGAUGUGGUAUGUGCCGCUAAUCGCAUGUUUAUCAAAGAUUGUAACACUUGUUGGUGCAAUGAAGAUGGCACUAGUUACUUUUGCACCCGAAAAGUCUGCAUAACUGACUUGCCUGACGAGGUCGUUGAAGACAAACCUGAGGAUGGAGAGAAGAUAAAGCAAAAAUGUAGACCGGACGAAGUUUUUGAACUGGAUUGUAACAUGUGCCGUUGCAACCCUGACGGAUUGUCUUUCUCUUGUACACGAAGGGCGUGUGUACCAGAGGAAAAGGGAAAGAAACUAUCCUUGAACAGAAGAGUUCGAGCGACUGCGCAGGGGACGCCAAAAAACUGCCAACCCGGUCUCGAGUUCCGCAUGGACUGUAACAAGUGCCUUUGCGACAACGAAGGUCAGAACUAUUCCUGCACACGUAUCGACUGCGCAGCGCAGAACAACAAUGGCAAUGGCGGAGCUAGGAGGAAACGAGCAACGGCCCAAGUCGCAACCCAGUGCGUGCCUGAGAGCGUGUUCAGCCAGGAUUGCAACGUAUGCCGUUGUGAAGCAGAUGGCAACCAUGCAACGUGCUCAAUAAAACGCUGCAAAGACGACAAUCCUGAAGAAGACGCGGACAAGGAACUUUCUCCAGACUCAGACCUAAGCUUCCGCUGCAAUCCCGGCGAGCAGUUCAAGCGUGGCUGCAAUGAUUGCACCUGCUCAGCUGAUGGCAAGAGCGUGUUCUGCACGAUACGCCUCUGCGACCAGGAUAUCACGCCGACGAUCUAACUGAUCCUAAUUAACAUACGAUACCUAAAUUAAAUAGAAAAGAAAUAAAUCCUCAUCAUUACUAACAGCCUGUUUAUGACACUCUAUCACAAAUGUAUUUAUAUCGUAGUAUUUUGGAAAAGUUUAUUUUGCUUUGUUUCACAUUUUAAUUUGACACCUCUCAAUCUACUAAGGUAUCCUGUGAAAUCUUGAAUCCUUUUUAGAUUUAUCCAUAUUUUUUUUGUUCAAUAAUUAAACGUUGAAAGCCAAUUUGUCUAUUUGUGCUUCAAUGAAUAUAUUUCGUAUAUUUCACAUCCAGAUUGAAAUUUGUUUAGCAGCUCUUUUAUUGCUCUUUGAUAUAUCUUAUAGCAGCUAAUACAACAGUUGAAUUUUUGUGUGCAUCAUAGAUACAAAUCAUUAAUGCAUUCUGUCUUUAAUUUAAACUACCUUGAUACAAAAACACCUAAUUAUUUCUUUAAUAUUCCUUUUUAUCUAUAAUCCUUUUAGUAGAUCAAGUAUUAUUAGUAAAACUAUCAGGUAUCGUGUGAUAACAAAUUUGAUCAGAUUAAAGUCCUAGCUACGGAAGUAUUUGUUUAAAAUAAGGUGGAGAUUCUUAAGCGUCGACAUUUGAGUGAUCGGACUAUGAUCAGUAACAUUGUUUUAAAAGUAUUUAAUUCCACACUUAAUUCGGACAUCAUUUGUGUGUUUGCUUAAAAAUGUAUUUUAGUUAUUAAGAUAAUAAGAACAUAACGCCUGUGUUACACUCAAUCAUUGUUAAAUGUACGAAGAUCAUCUCUGUGCGUUAAACCACGAUUGAAAUAUAGUUUAGAUUCAUUUUCAUCGUCAAUAUGUCGUAAUUAAGUGUUAGUAUGUAAGGGUGAUUCGCUUUUUGCAAAUCGGGUGUUUGUAUUAUUUUUAUUCGGUUUAUAAAAAGUACCUAUCACAUUCGUCUUAACAAUUUUUCUAUUAUCUCAGAUAUUGACAAAAUCCAACAGUCGUCUAGACAUCGCCAACGUUUGUUAGGCAUUUAUGGUGAAUAGCUUAAGAGAUUUGAGACUGUAGUUUUUAUAUACUAACCAAAAUGUUUGAAUUCAUGGUGGUUCUGUAACGAUUAGCUAAAAAUUAAAAGCUUUUUCUUAUAAUUGGCUUCCAUUUUUCUUAUAAUUGCUAAAUGUAGUAAAGUUUUGGCAUGCCGAUGAUACUGAGAUGAAGAUAGUAGAAGAAGUAGAGUUUUCUCAGUAUGAAACCCGGUCGGAAAUUAAUAUUAAUAUAAUAAUAACCAUUUGGAAUUUUAACUAAAAAGAUAAUCGUACUUUGCCAUCGUAAAUCUCGGUCGUAAAUUAAACUAGAGAAAACAUAUGUAAUCUGAAUCGGUCUAUAACCAAAAUCUUUUUCGAUAUUUUACCAAGCGAAAUAAGAGAUAAUAGAAAAACGAUUAAAACAAAAUCAUUCCUGACUUGGAUUCUACAGUGUAUUUUAGAAAAACCCACAUUCGAUUUGCCCUAAAAUAUAGAAUACACAAGACAAUGUGUGUCCUUCAUUAACCGUAAUUUAUCAAUUGCAAUAGUUCUAGUAAUUAUUUCCAUAGCGUGGUUAGCGAAAUAUUUUCGUUGUAAUGUAGUUUCCUUUUAGUACUUUCAAGGUACUCAUGUAUUAGGCAAUACAUUUUAUUAUUGUGCGAAUUUAAUCACGAAACGAAUAAAAAAUUUGAUUUUU